AUGCAGCCACUACAGGCAACCGAACAGACAAAGAAGAAGCUGAAGUCGUUCGGUAAAAACCGGCGUGAGAUUAGGGUGCGCACCACCUAUGAUGAAAAGGGCAACUGGAUGGCCGUGAACAACCCGGACAAGCUGAGGCAAACGGAGUGCCCAGCUCUUGACCGUUACUAUCGUGACCUUCAGCGGUUGUGUACGCCACAGGAGUGGGGCGAUGAAAUGGCGCUGUUCCGCCAACCACUUCCCACUACAUUUUGGAUCAAUGACACGGAUCCCUUAGCCCCCGAAAUUAGUCGCUAUUUCGAAUCGCUGCCUGACACAGUAGUCGAGGCUAUUCCGUGGUACCCGAUUCGCGGGAUGGCGUGGCGUAUAAAGGCUGGGAAGACUGAAUUUCGGCGUCCCGAAAUGAAGGAAUUACGGAGUUUUUUAAUUCGUCAUACUGCCAUUGGGACUGUAUCGCGGCAGGAAGAGGUGUCGAUGCUCCCGCCUUUCUUGUUGGACAUUCAACCCACGGACAAAUGCCUUGAUAUGUGCGCAUCCCCAGGCUCAAAAACAGCUCAAAUUCUUGUUUCGUUGGGGCGGCAUAAGGUUGUACCUCAUGAUAGUGAUGCCUCACCCUUUCCGUUCGACUACGACAGCGAGGGGCUUGUGGUCGCUAAUGAUAUUGACACCAAGCGAGCCAACAUGCUGGUGCACCAAGUUAAGCGUAUGAGGUUGCUAUUCCCGUUUGCACUCUUUACCAAUCAUGACGCACAAUUCUUCCCCAAUAUGGUGUUGACCCCUGGAGAAGCGCAACCCCACACAUGUGGACAGCAAACUACCGGCGAUGAUGGCGCCACCGAGCUUCGGUUUGAUAAAAUACUUUGUGACGUUGUCUGUUCUGGUGACGGAACAAUCCGCAAAGCUCCACACAUACUCAAGAUGUGGUCGCCCCGGGAGGCUAUAUCGCUGCAGAAGGUGCAGAUUCAAAUAGCAUUGCGUGCCUGUCACCUUCUUCGCGUCGGCGGUCGCCUUGUCUACAGCACGUGCUCUAUGAAUCCCAUAGAAAAUGAGGCGGUUGUAGCGCAGAUUAUCCACCGCACGAAAGGGGCUAUGAAACUUAUUGACUGCUCCUCGUUGCUCCCCGGGUUGCGGUUCACCCCGGGUCUCCAAAAGUGGGUGGUGACGAACUCAAAGGGCAAUGUGGUGGAAGCUCCAUGCCAGGAAGCACACGAAGCACUCUUCCCGCCUGGAACGCCAGGGGCCUAUUCGUCGGAUGCGGUUGAUGCUAUGGACUUGCGCCUGUGUUUGCGACUGCUUCCUUCCCAUUGCAACGGCGGCGCAUUCUUCAUUGCAGUGCUCAGCAAAGUUUCUGAGUUCCGCUUCCAUAAGCAUGACGAAACAACGCAGCCAGCUAUCACGGUGCCGGCGCACUCUGCCCGCAUUUUUGAACGCGAAGACAACACAUCAGUCGACACGGAAGUUACUCAGGAUGGCCUCCCUUUAGGAAAAAGAGAAAGAGAGGAAAACGCACUCGACUUGGCCAAAGAUGAGGUUCGCGGGAGAGGUGUUCCUCCGCAAUUUGUUGCAGCUCCGGAGCCCAUUAUCAACGUCAUAACGGACUUUUACCGUGUAUCUAGCUUUCCGACGCGUCUGCUUGUCGUUCGUACAGCAAAUGGGCAACGGGAGCUGAAACUUUCCGGUGGGUCUGUCUGCUCCAUUGUUUCGCGCUCUGCUCUCGAGGUUUUGCAGCAUAAGACGGACACUCUUAUUGUGGUAAGCGCUGGCCUUCGUGUUUUCGCCCACGAAAAUCUUGACGGCGGCUGGCGCAUUGCCAGUGAGUCGGCUGUUCUCUUUUCCAAACUAAUGUCCCAGUCCCCGCGACGGCUGUGCGUUCACGUAAGUUUGGUGGAGCGCCUUUUGCAAGGAGGAAAGCUAAAAGACAUUCCCUUUAAUGAUAUUGAAGACGAGGCGGUACGUUUCCAGUUGGAGUCAAUGGAUAUUGGCACUGUUCUGCUGAAAAUUGAAGCCCCCGGUGCGGUCGGAGGUGUUCUUUACUCCGUGGCGCUGAGGGCACGUAAGCGGUUGCAGUUAUUAGUGGACCAGGAGGACAUCGUGGGAUUGAGACUGCGGUUGGGACUCCCCGCGACGGAGGCAGCAAAGGUGGAGGAUACCAACGCACAACAGGGGGAGGGUGGUGUUAUACCUGCUGAUUGCGCGGAGGAAGGGGCGGAGCGCAUUCCUUAA